UGUUAAGCCAGCAGGCUUUGAAAAAGUUGUUAUUACUAGGAAAAAUAUUUUAACUCAACUCUUAUCAUCAGCUCAGUUGCAUAAGUGAAUCAAUCCGAAGCUGAUCGCAGAAAGCAUGGAAAAAUCAAUAUUUGAUUCCUUUUGCGAGCGCGACCUUGUGUUCGCCCAGGCAACGGGCUACGUUCCGUGGCCAGGAAUUCUUACGAAGAAACUACCCCGCGCUGGAGAGGUGUUGUUUAUGUGCACAAAUGACAGCAAAAGUAUUCCUUACGAAAAAAUCUGGCCAUACGAUGAUCACAGUAAGGAGCGAUUUAUCACACACGACAAUAUGGAGUACGAGGAAUUUCGCGAAGCCAUUUGCAUUGCCGAGAAGCUUCAAUCUGGCGACGUGGAUAUUAGAUCUGAAGGCGCAGGAUGGCAACUGGUCUCGCCUCUUGAGCUAUUACCUCGGGGGGCAAGAAGCCCCUUUCAGGUACCUAGGCAGGCAAACUGGGGGCUCAAGUACGUAAGGCAGGUGCGAAUGGAGGUCGAGUCUUUAAGCGUAGAGGUAAGGUUUAUAAAGGAGAUCAAUGCCCUGCGAAGCAGCUUGACCCUUCGAAAUCGGGACUUCCCAUCCGCCUUACGUGCCUUUCAAGAACUGCAGGAACUGGCGCUCAGUGAAUUACUCUUAGUACGCAACUUUGGGGCCGUUGAAGCUGUGUACCGUUUGUGCCGCUUUGCCUCCGCACAUCCACAAUUCUUGUUGGAAGCGGAACAGGUUAGAAGUCUCGCAAAACAACUGAUGGCCCGAUUCGCGUUGCAUUUUAAGCAACCUUUUAGCUCUUCCAAUUUCUGGUCGGAGUACUGUUUGCGCUCCGGAACCUACAGAAACUAUACCGUGGAUAUUAAAUGAUAUGUUUCAUAAAUACAGUCCUAGAAUUCGUGAUGAUUAAAAUAAUAAAAGUACAAUAAAGCACUGAUCCUUGAUAAAAAACUAUUUGG